AUGUACUGUGGCCUUACAAUUGGGCUGCUUGGGAUGGAGACCAUAUAUCUGGAGAUUAUAGCCGAUGCGGGGCAGGAAUCUGACCGCAGCUACGCGCGCAAGAUUUUGCCGGUACGCAUGCUGGGGCACCAGCUUCUCGUGACUCUGCUCGUCGGCAACAUGCUGACUCUGGUGCUGACCUCUCAGCUUGUCGCUGCCAUUGUGGGUGGCAGCGAGCUCGUGAACUUCAUCUUGGGCACACUGGUGAUUCUCAUCUUUGGUGAGAUUCUCCCCAUGAGUUUUUGCAGUAACCAAAACAAUGCGCUGUGGGCCGGCGCAAGGAGUCUGCCAGCACUCAAGAUUUCGCUUUUUGUGCUGUGGCCCAUCUCAAAGCCGCUGGGGCUGAUCCUGGACUGGCUGGUGGGGCACGAAGCGGGCCAGGUAUACGACCGCAAGGAGUUGAAGAAGCUCAUCUGCAUGCAUUGUGAGAAGUUCUCGGCCAAGUCGGGCAUCGACAUGGACCAGGCGCGCAUGAUGCUGAGUGUGAUGGACAUGAAUGAGGUCACGGCAGAUGCAGCCAUGACACCAAUGGAGAACGUCGUCAUGCUAGAGGCGAGUACCCGGCUUGACACAGCGCUCGAGCGUCGCUUGUGGAUGUACGGUAUCUCACGCGUACCGGUGUAUCAAGAAUCUCGCGACAGGGUGAUUGGCGUGCUCUACGUAAAGGACCUCAUCAGCAACACUUACCUCUGCCAUGACAGCGACAUGACAGUGCGUGAUUUCGUGCUGCAGCACCCGCGCGACCUCCUGGUGGUGAAGGCGGACACGCUUCUGCAGGAGGUGCUGUACAUUUUCGAGCAGCACCACACGCAGCUUCUCUUCGUGGAGCCAGCAGACAAAGCUGCCUCCGACGAGCAAGGUGGAUCGCCGAGGAAUUUGUCGCAGGGUGCGAAGGGUUCACAGCUGAGUCGCGCAGGGUUCAGGACUAUCGACGGCAAACAGGCAUCAAAGCACGGCUCAGGCCACAAGCGGCAAGGCAGCAAGCCUACCGCGCCUGUGCACUGCAUGCCGAAGGUCAUUAACUCGAUGGCGCUCCUGUCGAACGCGGCGGAGCCGAGCGGCUUCAUUGGGCUUGUGACACUGGAGGAUGUCAUUGAGGAGCUCAUUGCGUCGGAGAUUUACGACGAGGACGAGUACUCGGGUGAUACGAAGCUGCUGUCAGACGUAGAGGCCUUCGACGGGUCAGUGAUUGAGCCGCCACCAACUCGAUUGCCGCGGGUGAAUUUCUACUCGUACGGCGUGUCCUCCACGUCAGAGAAUCAGUGCCUCUCGGAGGAUCAGCUAUGGGCACUUGCUUACUACCUCACCCGGGCGUACGUGUACUUUGCAACGUGGAAUGUCUCUCACGUCAAGUUCUUGCUGCAGCAUGUUGGCGACGUGGUGGUGCAUGUAGGCGACUCAUGCGGUGAUGGUGAGGAGCAAAGCGAUAGCACAUCUUCCCCAGGAGUUGCGGCUGGGAUUCUGGACCUCGCCGCGGUUGAUCCAGCACGAGUGCUCUACAGAGCCGGGCAUCCGAGCAGCGCCUUCACACUGGUGCUAAGUGGCGGAGUCGAGGUGAUUAUCGGACACGAACGACUACGAACGGAGUUGCGCUCCUUUUCCCACCUCGGCGAGGACGCCCUCCUCUCAGACGCUCCUUUUCUGCCGGACUACACGGCUGUAGUGUCACGCACUAGUCGUCUCAUGCGGAUCACACAGGCUGACGUGGUGAUGGUGGAAAGGAAGCUGAACGAGGCCCGGGCACGGCAUCAUCAGACGGCGGUGCGUCUUACGCCAACCUUAGGGGAAGCGGUAACAACAGUAGUAACGGUGCCCCCGUCAAGUGUGCCACGCAAGAGCUUGCGGAAGCAUAUGAGAAGCGAAGCAAAGCGCGUGGCGAUUGAGUAG